UCCGGGCCAUGGCGGCGGAGGGGCCGCGCCCGGCGCUGGCAGCGGGGCCGAGCUGCGCCGCCGGCCCGCAGUGAGCGAGACCCGGCGGAGCGGCGGCGAUGAGCGGCCGGCGCUGAGCCAGCCGAGAUGGACGCGGAGGCCACCAUCCCCAUCUGGCAGAACAAGCCCCAUGGCUCAGCUCGCAGCGUGGUCAGGAUGAUCGGCUCCAACCUCCCCCUGAAACCCUGCCCCAGGGCCACCUUCGAGGUCCUGCCAAGUGUCUCAGAUCUGUAUUUGGGUGAUGUGCCCCCUGUCCCCACCUUGGCUGACAUCGUGUGGAUCGCAGCAGACGAUGAGGAGACCUAUGCCAGGGUCAGAAGUGACACUCGCCCGCUGAAGCACAAGUGGAAGCCCAGUCCCUUCACAGUGAUCCAGAGAAACGCCUCAGUGCCCAACCUGAGGAAGCAGGAGGAGAAGCUGCUGGCCCUGAAGAAGCCUGGUUUGCCAGCCCUGAGCAGGACCACAGAGCUGCAGGAUGAGCUGAGUCACCUCCGGAGCCAGAUCGCCAAGAUCGUGGCUGCAGAGUCAGCCUCUGCCCAACUGACCCCGGAUCUGUUAUCUCCAGGGAGCUCCAAUGCCUCUUCUCCUGUGCAUUGUUUUGGACCCUCUUUCCAGUCCACCACGUCCUUUGUGAUCAGUGACAUCACGGAGGAGGAGGCGGAGCUGGAGAGCCCCGAGCUGCCCUCGGUGGCCGAGCUCUGCUCUGCCUCUGAGAGCUGCAGGCCAGAGCCAAAGGACCCCGAGGAGGAGGACUCCGUGUCCCUUUCCAAGGCCAGCAGCUUUGCUGACAUGAUGGGAAUUCUCAAAGACAUUCAUAGGAUGAAGCAGAGCAAAGAUCUGAACCGCCCUUCCAUGAAGGAGGAGGACCCGGCCGUGCUCAUAGCAGAGGUGCUGAGGAGGAAAUUUGCCCUGAAGGAUGAAGACCUGGCCCUGAAGGAGAAGUGAUGCUGCUGUCACUCAGCUCUGUAAGCAAAAGAAAAUGCUCCCAAAAUCUCCUGCACAGUAGCUGCCUUCUCCCAAGGAUUAUUGAGCCUUUUGCCUCUUUGGUUCACCCGAUGUGGUUUGUGCACAGACACUCGUUAGGAAAGGCCCUUUGGAUUUGAUGUGUUUUCCAUGUGUUGUUCUAUUUAAGAAAAACCUUUUUAAGAAGAUGGAAGCUCUUUUCCACCUGUGUUUUGGUGUUGGUGAGGAUCUCCUGGAGUGCUGCUGGAUGAAAUUCUUUCUACCUGCACUUUUCCUUAGGUUCCAGUUAAGCACUGAGCUGUGAGGACAGAACCAGUUCAUGUCCAGUAUGAGCAGGACAAAACCUGCAGUCCUUUAUCCUGAGUAUGGUACAGAGCUGCUGAGAACGAGCUCAGGAGUGCUUCCAGCUCUCCAGGCCUUUGGGGAGGUUGGAAAAGGUUGUUUGGUUUUUUUUUUUUAUCCUAAAACCCCCCUGGCUUGGGUUGAGGGAUCCUGCGUGCCCCGAGUGUUUUUUCUCUCACAGAUCAGCCCACAGUUGCAUGACAGAAUGGCCUUAAUUUCUUGCCAGUAAUUUAAUGUUCCAUUACCAGUCCCUGUAUCCCCAACCUGGUGUUUUAUUUCACCUUCCCAAGGUCUCUCUAUUGACCUUGCACCAGUGCAAAGGGCUGAGCUCCCCAACCAGACCAGGGGAGGAGGAGCUUGGCCUUGGCUGUGGCUGCAGUUCCCCCUCACUCAGAGCUCUCCCCCAGCUCCACGUUCCCUGCACUGCCCUUCAUGGCUGUAUUUAAAACAUGAUUUUUUUUUUUUCCUUUCUAUAAAAUGGAGCCUUAAUAAGA